AUGGAUCUCAUUCGACAUGCUCUACCAACGAAAUCUCUUGCACAUAGUACUUGGUAUCUGUCGACAUUCAAUUAUGUACAUCGACGAGCACAAGAAGAGGCCAAUCGACGUGGUCAGAUGGAGAAAGAAUAUGUUUGGCCUCUUUCCUUUCCCGACUGUACCGAUCAACUACAUCAGGCCAUGAAUCGAUGGAUUCGACAUCAUUUCUCUCGUACGAAACGUGCCAAAUGUCUCAUUCUCAUCGGACCAACUGGUACGAGUAAAACAUCGUUUGCUCUCUCCCUACCAGGUCGUGCCAAUUACUUCCAAGAACGAUGGAAUCUUGAUGAAUGGAGUGAUGAUGCUCUAUAUUCAGUCUGUGAUGAUAUUCCAUGGGAUGAAUUCUCGACAUUGAACUAUCCGAAUAAGAAAGGUCCCCUGACUCAAAAUGGCAAAAUGAAUGCCACGGGCAAAUAUCGACAAACAAAAAAGAUCAAUGUUCGACAACCAGCCAUUGUUCUCUUAAAUCCUGAAGAUGCUGGCUCGUUGUUAGCUGAACCAAUCACUUUCGAAGAACAACAAACUGCUAAGUAUUGGAAAGAACGAGCAUUCAUCUACAUCAUGAACGACAAUGAAUAUUUCUUCAAACGACGAUCCAAACCACAUCAUCAUCAACAGGCUGCUACUACUACUCCUAUUGAUGAAUCUCUAUCCGGUUCAUCAUCAUCAUCCUCAUCAUCAAUGGAUUCGAAUGAUGCUCGACUAGGUGAUGUCGAUGAAUUUCAUCAAAUGUUUGAACGAUACCGACAACAGAAACAGCCACAGUCCUGA